CAGAUGUUAUGAUUAGUCCCCCCUCUCCUCUCCUCUCCUCUCGCUCCCUCUCCCUCUCUGUCUGUGUCUCUCUCCCUCUCUCUCUCUGUCUCGCUCUCCGGCCGAGCUGAGGAGGAGCAUCUGUAUCACUGCACGGAGGGAUGGACUGGCAGCAGGUCGCCAUAAAACGCACGGUCUCCUUCCGCAGAGCUGAGUGAGGUGAGGUGACCGCAGGUGUCGAGGUCGGUCCGGGGCUCAGAGGCGCGUCAGUCCGUCCGUCGCGGUGCCCUUGAGGAGGAGGGAGAGGAGGAGGAGGACGAGGAGGAGGAGGAAGAGACUUGCCGCAGGACAGAGAAGAGGACAUGGAGAUGAAGAGGUGAUGGAGCUUUGGAGAUGCUCGGCUGAUGACUGAGGCUGACCGAGAGUGAAGUUUCAACCCGGCGGGAUCCGCUGGUUUGCGGGAAAGCAGCGGCCGACUUUAGGGUUGUGUAAGGUGUGAAACAAGCUUUCGAGAGCAGCAGCAGAAGCAGCAGCAGCAUUGCAGAGGUCUUCAUUGAGGUUUAAAAAUGGAGUCCACUCACCUCCUGGGCAGCUCUAAGAAGAGAGUAAAGAUCCACCCUCACACUGUCACCGCCAAAUACGCCACGCACACCCCCUACUCCCCUCAACCUGGGGUGCACACACACUUCCCCCAGCCUGGGGACGAAGGCUACGACGAUGCUCCGUCUUUUGAGGACUUUGGCUCCUUCCUGGAGGAGACGUCAGACAAGAAACAGCUGACCGAGUCCAAGAAGUGGCCUUUGACUCUGUUUGGUUCCAAAGACAAGGACACGAGCAGCAAACCUCAAACCGCUGCUGCUGGGGGAGGAGAUGGAGGCGAGGGGGGAGCCAGAGGAGCAAAGGGGUCGGGGAAAGGGGUAGGGGAACAGCUGGCCAGUUUUGGGGAGGCAUCUGUGUCUGCGUCCCGGCUCACCUGGGUGGGGCUGGUUGGUGCUGCGCUGGCUCACGGCUGUUUGAUCGUCCUGACCCGCGUUGCCUCUGAGAGCUUCAGCCUGGGUCCCCUGUUUCUGCUCUUGGUUCGAUCCAUUGUCCAGCUGCUGUCUGUGGCUGUUCCACUGCACAAGGGUGAGAACCCUUUUGGACCAGAGGGCUACCGCCUACGUCUCCUCUGCUACGGCAUCGCCUAUUCUCUCUCCCUCUGCUGCGCCUACUCCUCAUUAACCUUCGUCUCUCCUGGAAAUGGCACAACAAUGUGGCGCCUAGCAACCACGGCACUGUCGGCGACCCUGGCCUUCCUGCUCCUGGAGGAGAGGCUGGGAUUGGCCGAUGGGAUCACCAUAGCUGCAGGACUGUGCGGUUUGGGGCUUGUGGUGCUUCCCACAGAAGACGAGAGUAAUUCAAAUGCACCAACCGACCCAGUUGCGUUCUGGAGGGGUGCGUUCGGCUGGUCUCUCGCGGCUCUCGCAGGACUGUGGAUGGCUCUGGCGCUGGUUGGGUAUCGUUCCCUGAAGGAGAGGGUGGGAGUGGGCACGGCUUUGUUCACAGUCAGCUGGACGGGCUGCCUGCUCGCCCCGGCCUCCUUGGUUCUACUCCAGGAGGGCUGGUCCUGGCCUAUGAGUGCCCAAGCCUGGGGUCUCGUCCUUGGCCUGGCUGCCUGCUCGGUUGCCGCCUUCCUUGGUAUGACGCAUGCCCUCACACGACUCCACCCGGCUUUGGUCUCCGCCUCUCAGAGCCUGGAGAUACCUGUCGCCAUGCUGCUGCAUCUCGCCGUGCUGCCGUUGGCUCCCACUGCGCCGGAGGUCGUCGGGAACGUGAUGGUCAUACUGAGCGUCGGUUGGCUGGUGGCAAUGAAGCUGCUACCCUCCCGCGGGGCAGGGCGCCGCCAGAGGGAGGAGUAUGAGGAGAUUCUGGACUCACCCAUUAAAUAGACUUCGCUUCACACCGCCUCCAUCUCUUCCCGCCACUUCAUGAGAUUGUUUCCAGUGUACAUAAGAGACUGCUAAAUGUUUAUUGGAGCUUUAUCUAUUUUGUAUUGUCCUCUUUGCUUUUGGGAAAGUGCCAAUAUUGUUGUCGUCUGUUCCAGUGACGUGUGAUGUGAUAUUAAAAUCUCUCAAACACA